GUUUAAUAUACAUCAUCACCAUCACCAUCACUAUCAUCAUCAUCUCUACCAACAUCACCAUCACCACUACCACGAUGAACAGCAACGAACUUGAGAAACACCUUCUUACCAGAUGUUAUGAUUCCCAGAAUCGAAUAGUGGAGCUUCUAGAACAAAGAUACGCCACUAACGGAGAUCAAAAGUCGUCUAUAGUGUUCACUAAGUCUGAGUCUACCACCACAGCCAAGCUAUUCUCCAAUGACACACCCACCAUAAGCAGAGCCCGACUUCAAACCACCAGGAAAUCUCUCAAGGCAUACAUAUCAAGUACCCUCGCAAACCAACGCAAACUUAACAAACGAAUAAAACAAUACAAGCGAAAGUCUCACACCACCAGUCCAUUCCCAAGGGACAAACUCAUUGAAGAACAUCGCAUCCCACAAAUCACCCAGUUCAUCCACAUGAAUAAACUCUGGCAAAAGUAUAUGCAAGACUUGCUCUUUCCCAAUGGCCAAAUACAAGCUUUACCCAACAUAUUACCCAAGUUGUCGUCGGCAGAUUUCAAUGGAUGUUUGGUAAAAGUUGUUCAGUCGAGGAAUAGAAACUGUGUCGGCAUGCAGGGGAUUGUGGUGUGGGAUGCCCAGCAUUCAUUUGUGGUUUGUGUGCCUGGGACUGAUGAAGACAUUGGUGGGUUUAAAGUCAUACCUAAACAGCAUACCUUGUUUGCAUUUGACUUGAUAUUGCCUAGUAAGGAAGAACAGGAAGAGGAAGAGUGUAUACCAUUUACAAUUAUAGGUUCACGGUUCGAAGUACGGUCCGUAGAUCGUUCUGGUAAAAAGUUCAAGAAUCAUUCCAUUGACGAUAUUCUAUAGACGUUGCUUUAGUUUAUUUAAUUGUAAUUGUAACAAUUCAUGUUGUGGUAGUUUUUCUAUAAGUGAGUCAAUCUGACUUGCCACCUUUUCCUUCUCUUGUUCGUCUAGAUUGCCUUUAAUGUUGAGUAACUGGUUAACUUCGUCCAACACUUUACUGGAAGUGACUUCUUGAGGAACGUCAAGUAUCUCCUCAAACGGUCUAUUGAACAUUUUCGUGUCCUCACUAUUGAUGAAAUCAUGCAAGUCAGACAACACGUCAUCCAUAAACUUUUCUUUACUUUCUUGUUUCUCUUCGUAUAUUCCCAACCCAUUGACUUCAUUAUGCAUGCCUUUAGACAAGUCCGACAACGUUUCGCUCAAUUUAAUAAGUUCAUAAUAGUUGUCAUAAAUGAUUGACUUCUUGGCCAGAUCUUGACUGUUUAACGUAUGGGUAAUCCUAUUCCUCAACUUGAGGAUGUCAUUAAUGGAGGAAUUUUGGAUUAUAUUGUUGAGUUCCUCAGGUGACGGAAGUGAAUCCGGGUCGGAUUUCUUGGUAGUUGGUUCAUCACUGGAUAUGUUGUAGAAAUCUUGUAAGGCCCGACGUCGACUCAGAACUUUUCUUGCACCAGCGUGGUGUUUGACUUUUGGUGAAGCUGAUUGUGAUUGUGGGUUAGGUGAAGAUGCUGGGACUGCAGGAGAUGCCGGUGAUUCCCGUGAUGAUGGGCGUUUAUACGAGAGAAUUGGUUCUGACAUCGUUGUCUUGUCUA